GCGAUGGACGCGGCGCGCCUCGAGCUCGAGUCCCUCGUCCUCCUCCAGCUGCAGGGCCUGUCGGACGCCAGGGACGCCGACGGCCUGGCCGCGGCUCUCCAGGAGGCCGAGCAGACCGGGCUGCAGGAGUCCCAGGUGGCCGACUUCAAGGUCACGCUGUCCCGCUGGCGCGUGGAGCAGGCGCACGCGCGCGAGCUGCGGGAGGCGCUGGGGAGCGGGGAGCGCGGUCGCCUCGCGGAGGCGCUGUGGGCCGCGGAGGCCGCGGGCGUGGACUGCGAGGACGCCCGCCGAGCGCGCGGGGCGCUGGAGGCCGCGGAGGCCGCCGAGCGGCUGGCCGCCGCCCGCGCCGAGGCGCGGCAGCAGCUCGAGCUGGCGCUGCACGGGGAGGACGUGCAGAAGGUGGCCUCCGCCCUCGCAGACGCCGACGACGCGGGCCUGUGCGGGCUGGAGGUCGACCGCGCCCGCGCCGCCCUCCGCCGGCUGCGGAGCGCUGCGGGCGCUGCCCAGGAGCUGGCCGACGCCGCGGGCGCCGCGGACCUCUACCGGCUGCGCGCGGCGCUGGCGGCGGCGCGGGGCGCGGGCGUGGGCGCCGCGGACAUCCAGGCCGCGCGGCGAUCGCUCGCCACGCUGGAGGCGCGGGCGCGGGCGCGGCGCGAGAUCGAGGUGGCCUCGCUCGGCCGCGACACCGAGCUGCUCUCGCGGGCCCUGGAGGCCGCCGAGGCCGCCGGCGUCGGCCGCGAGGAGCUCGCGCGGGCCUCCGCGCUGCUGCGCGACCUUGCGGAGUCGGGCAGCGGCCGCGAGCUGCGCGCGGCCCUGGCGUCGGAGGACCUCGACCGCCUGCGGGCCGCCGCCGGCGCCGCCACCGACGCCGGCAUGGCCGGCCCGGAGGUCGACGCGGCCUGGCAGCGGGUGCGCACGAUGGAGUCCCAGCAGUGGUGGCGCCGGCAGCUCCAGGCCGCCACGGGCGGCGGCGACGCGGCGCGCCUGCAGGCGGCCAUCCAGCAGGCCGUGGCCGCCGGCAUGGGCAGCAGCGCCGAGGUCACGGCCGCGCGCGCGCAGCUCAGCGAGUGGACCACGCAGCAGCAGGCGCGGAUGGAGCUCCGCCUGGCGUGCGCGGGCGGCAACUCCGAGGCCCUCCGCAGGGCGGCGGCUGCGGCGGAGCGGUCCGGGCUUCGGCCAGAGCACGAGCUCGCCGCCGCCAGGCGCUCGCUGGGCGAGCGCUCGCCGCAGCCGGCGGCGGCCGCUCCGCGGGUCCGCGCGGCCGUAGACGGCGCGCCCUCUUCGCCGGCGGGCCGGCGGCUCCAGCUGCCCCUGAGGCCGCCGUCGAUGUCCGACGAGUUCGAGGCGCCGCCCACCGAUCCGAAGCUGCCCGGCUCGGCGGCGCCGCGGGGCUCGCCGUGCUUCGGGAGCGGCAGCCCCGCCGCGGCCUCGCCGCUGGCGGCGCUGCCGUCGCCCUCCCGCGCCGCCGCGAAGCGCUCGGUGCACUUUUCGACCUAGGGCACGCGGGGAAGGAUCUGAGAUUCGAGGUAGGAACGGCGGCACAAAUCAGGGUUCUUUCUUCCUCUAUCUGCGGCGGUGGGUAGCAUGGGGCUGUGCAGGUCGAGGCCUCCCAAGCGGGCCUCCAGGAGGCGAGUCUAGUUCUUAGCACUUUGCAGGUUUUGUUUCAUAGUUUAGGAGGGCUUGUCUGUCCUGUGCAUAGUGUUCUCCUGCACGUGGCAUACGGCGUCGGUUCGACAUGGAUCUGACGCGGACUCGACGGGAAUAGCGUCGCUGUCAUCAUGGAGACGGUAUCGCUUGCGUGAUUAGUGAAUGCAUUACCGGCGCGCCUGGCACGCCUGUACAGCAGGUGCUCUUGCGUUGGCUCCGGGCGUCCCCAUAAGCGGGCGCCCGAUUCGAGCGUGGACCGCUCAGAGAGGCGGCCUGUCGAGACGCACGGAAGCCCAGGCAGCUCGUCCAGCGCCCCUCUCUCCUGCCUUCCCUGCCCCUGGAGAGCUUCGGGGGUCGGCCCUGGGCAGGCAGGGAGCGACCCGCGGGCCUCUGCUCGCGUCGGGCCCUCGACCACGGCACGCGCGCGGGGCUCCCGAGACGGCGGCAGGGGACGGCUUCGCCCCCUGCCGGCGGCCCCCUCCCUCGGAGGAUGGGGAAUGCAAGAGCUAUGUUCUGAGGCCUGGGCGCCGUCGUGAGGCAGCGUAGGAUCUCGUGCAUAGCUGCCCCGAUACGCCCGUGUUGAAGCGCAGCGCGUGCCGUGUUCAGAAAACGUCCGUG